CUCCUCGCAGAGAAUAGGAAGGAGCUAAAUCGCUACCGAAAUGGUCGCGAACCCUUAACGGAAAGCGAACAAAGCCAGAAAGGGGAGAUUAAGCGAGAUAUCGAAAAAUUCGAAGAGAGUUUCGUUCCCACAAAAAUAAGUGGCAAAAUCAUUUAUCAAACUACCCUGAAGACAAAAAGGACUGGGAAGCUUUUAAAGAAUAGACAAAAACCCUACUUUAUAACUCCUACAAUAUCGUUACCGAUAUCCUUAUCCUCUACCAAAAAGCCGAGAUACAAUCAAAAGUAUCGAUACUCUGGAAUAUACACUUCUCGGGCUAAAAAAGGAAAGAAUAUCCUAUACCUACCCCGGAUAGGCGGAAGAAGGGAAACUACACCGACUCGACAACGAAUCAAUCCUAAUCUAACACCUUAUUAUCAGCAAACCCUAAGCCCUAUAGGGGACGUAGGGGCUUUAGAGGAAGAGGCUAAUCUAGAGGCCGGGGCAGAGGUCGAGGAGGAUCAAAAUCCCACGCCUCCGCCCCGAUUCGGUACAGACUAUACAAUCACUUAUCUAAGCCUUACGCUCCAAUACCCUAAGACAGUCGGGAAAAGUGGAAGAGCUAGGGUAGACCCCGAUAUACCAGCUCCGUACCCACUGAUCGGGACCGUAAUAUACCUAUAUACGCCAAUUACUCUCGAUAACGGUGUUAAAACCUAUACAGACCUAGAUACUGGUGCCGAAUACGACGUAGUUAGUAAGGAAUUCGCUUAUAAGAAUUAA